ACUCAAUACUACUCUCUUAAAGUGAAGAUGAUUGACAACGUAUGCUGAACCAAUAUAAUAUAACCGCCAGAAAAUUUAACGUGUUAAUUUUCCCAAAAAAGACAAAAUACAUGGUUACAACAACAAAUUUACUAAUAUCUAAAUUGAAGCUGGAAGGUCAGAUAAUAGAACAAGUGAUGGAGUGUAAAUAUCUAGGUAUCACAUUAUCUAGCUACGGAAAGCUCGAAACCGAAUUGGAAGAUCAAGUAAAUAGAGCAAACAGAGACACAGGCUGCCUAAAUAAAAGAAUAUGGAGAAAUAAAAAUAUCGGCAAAGAAACGAAAGGCAGAAUUUACAAAACAGUCAUCAGACCAAUAAUGACAUACGCGGCCGAAACAAGACCUGAUACAGAGAGGACAAAAAGGAUGUUAGAAACUGCAAAGAUGAAAACACUUACAAUAGAGUAGUAGAGACGACAAUAGCCGGUUCCUCAAGAGGAAGACGAUCAGUAGGAAGACCACGAAACAAUGGAACGACAAGUUACUGGGGGCACAUUAAAAAACAGAGUCAUGUCUAUAUAA